AUGGGUGUCAGUGUACCGAGAACGAAAAGAAAGAGGUCCUCACAAUGUGAUAAUGACUUUGAUGGUGAUGACACCACAGAAUCAAAGGAUGACAGUGGUAGUAUCUAUAGCGAAAGUGAUGCUGAUGAAAGUGAUGAUGGUGAGGAUGACAGCUGCUCUGACAGUGCUCCAGUUAGCGCUAGUACCAUCAAGACAGAAGUAUCACAAAAACCUGAAAAUGUGCUUGGUAUGACUUCAAGUGAAGAUUCUAUCAUGGGGAGCUCAACAAUUAGAGUUUUUAAUCAGAGCGAAAAUGAUGAACGGGUGGCAGUGAAUGCUGCCUAUAUUGACUAUUACUGUCGUGCUUGUGACGUAUACAACUAUACAUUCGAAGAAUUCACUCAUCAUCUACAGCAAGCUCACAAUUUGAAGACUACAAGAAAGCCAAGCACAUUGAUCAAACAUGAUGAUUUGGAGCCAGAUGUACAUGAUCCCAAUAACUACUUCAGAUCCUGUGAACGCACUUACCCAAUCAGAGGGAGAUAUAGAGUUCACUUGAGAUCUGUCCAUCGCAUGGUACUCAAACCGCUUCUUGGAAAGGACAAACAGCUACCAGAUAUCUUGCCCAAUGCAACUGACACAAACAACUACUGCCGUGCCUGUAACAUCAAGAAAAAAACCAAAGGAGCUUACCGAAUGCACUUGAGGCAUUAUCAUCGAAUGAAGCUUCUGCCUCAUAAUGGAAGAGCACCUGACGAUCCCAGCAUUAAACCAAAUCCAGAUGAUCCCAACUUUUAUUGCUGUGUCUGCGAUAUCACUAAAAGAUCAAUUGAAGAAUACCAUUCGCAUUUGUACAAGAAGCAUAAUAUGAUGAUGAAGCGUCCGUUCAAAGAGGGACCAAACGCAAAUCCCAAUCUAGAGCCGGAAGUAGAGAGCCUGGACUUUUAUUGUAAUACAUGUGAUCGAAAGUUUGCAGACAGAAAUACGUAUCGCUUACAUCUCAAAAACACACACAAGAUGACAUUGAAUCCCCCGCGAUCUAGAAAAAGUCCCAACGUUCUUCCAGAUUGGUACGAUCCAAACAAUUACUGCAGGAAUUCAAGACGGCCUUUGAAGAAACCAAAAACAGAGCUGCCUGAUGAAGAUGAUCCUAAUUUUUACUGCAGUGUGUGUCAAACUACCAAAUCUCCCAAGCAAAAAUACCGCCAGUAUUGCAGAGAAGUUCACCAUAUGACGCUUCGAGCAUUCAAUCUUGGCCCUCGGGCCAAUCCUGAUAUUUUGCCUGACCUUACUGAUGCAAACAAUUAUUGCCGAGCUUGCGAUAAGACUGUAAUUAGCGCGAAAGCAUAUAGAAGGCAUAUACUAUCUGUCCAUAAAUGGAAUGAAAAGCUGCCACCAUUGACAAACGUCAAACGUCGACGAGAUAUAACCUCUAAACUUGAUGAUCCAAAUUACCGCUGCCGUGCCUAUGACAAAUUGUACGAUGCACGAGGAGCGUAUCGAGCACAUUUAAAAUACUCGCAUGGUAUGGAGUUUCCAUCAGAAUCACAGAAGUGUCAGCAAAUCCCUGGUGUCGAACCUGAGCUGGAUGAUCCCAAUUUUUUUCUGUCGUACAUACCAACGAACAUAUGCAAACUUGACCGUCUACAGAAAGCAUCUACGAAGUACACAUAA